GACCCACCAUCAGAGUUUGCAGAUUUCUUCGUCAAUAACCACCGUCGUGUGUACAACAAACUAUCAGGAUAAAAGUUUUCGUGGAUUUUCACACAAUUUUAAAUAAAAAAAUUCAUCAUGAGACUCCAAACGUUUUUGGUGUUUCUAUUGGUUGCUUUUUGCUCGGCCGAAGAAGAAGAAGAAGUUGCAGCAGCAACAGCAGCUGAAGCGCAACGUAUUGUGCGCGCACCUCAGGGACAUAUUCAAUACGAUGACUCUAAUGGCUACAGAGUGAGUUGGAAGCUAUUUGCACCCUACACUCAAUGGACUUCCGAAUUGGAAAAUAUUCAGUCGAGUGAAAGCAAGAGUCAAGAUACGGAACAUGUUCCGGAAAUAAAGACAUCAAACCCCCAGGAAAGAAUAUUAGUAUCGACAAUUGAAAAGCAGGAAUAUCAUCCACAAGAUAAGCAAUAUUAUCAACAAGAAAAGCAACAUUAUCAACAGCAACAAGAGAAACAACAUUAUCAACAGCAACAAGAGAAACAACAUUAUCAACAGCAACAAGAGAAGCAAUAUUAUCAACAGCAACAAGAGAAGCAACAUUAUCAACAGCAACAAGAGAAGCAACAUUACCAACAGCAACAAGAGAAGCAACAUUAUAAUCAACAGGAGAAGCAACAACAACAACAACAACAACAACAAGAGAAGCAAUAUCAACAACAAGAGAAGCAGCAGCAACAACAACAAAUUGAGCCAGCAGUCGAGUACAAACCAUAUUCAAUGGUACCAACAUAUAUUAAACAAUUAAUCUUCAAAAUGUACGAACCACAAGGUCCCUAUGUUGAUCCAAAAGUUUACAUUUAUCACACACCAGUCGAGGUGAAUAUUGACGAUAAAAAAGAAUCAUCAUCCAACGAUAAUGAACAAGAAAAAAAUGCCGAAAGACGUCAAGAAACAAUUCACAAUCACGAUGCAAUUAAUGAACCAAUUCGACAAUAUUCCUACGCCGAACAAGAAACUGCAAGUCAGCAGCAAGUACCGCAAAGAAUUGCCACUACUCAACAGGAAUUGUCACCAUCAUUAGCAACAUCGUCAUUAUCAUCAUCUUCAUUAUCAUCAUCAUCAUUAUUAUCAUCAUCAUUAUCAUCAUCACCAUCAGUAUCAUCAGCAUUAUUAUCAUCACCAUCAUCAUUAUUAUCAUCAUCAUCAUCAUCAGUACCAUCAUCAUUAUUAUCAUCACAAUCCUUAUCAUCAUCAUUAUUAUCAUCAUCAUCACCAUCCUUAGCAUCAUCAGCAUCAUCCAAAGACGAUGCAACAAAACAGACAACAAACGACUAUCAAAAUCCAAUAAUAAAAAAGAAAACAUAUUACGGUAAAUAUCCACUAAAAGAAAUUGGACACAUUGAAUACAAGAAAGAUGAGGGAGAAACAAAAUCAUCAUCAUCAUCAACAGCACAAUAUGGAUUUGUACCACCACAACAAUUGAAAAAUUCCGAAAGUAUUUCAUCGACACAAGACUCAUCAUUACAUGAUAAUAUUAUGCCAUCGUUAAUUCAACAAUUACUCAAUCUUCAAGCACAAAUUCCCUAUUAUGUGAUUGCAAAUAGAAUAAAUUACAAACCAAAGAAAAUGUUCAUUCCAAAACCAAUAGUUGAGGAUGAAAAAGGCGCUUACAGUUAUCGCAGUAAAGUCUAUUAUAUGCGCGAUGAUGAUAAUGAGGAGAAUGAAAGUAAACAAAUUGAUAAAAUUAACGAAAAAGAAACAACAAGUCGUUAGAAAAUUUUUUCUGUUUUAAUUAUUAGAUUGAUUGUUCUUCCAUUUUUUUCAAAUUUUUGAAGAAAAAGAAAAUUAAACUUUAGGGGCAGAAUUCAAAAUUUUCACAGAAAAUAAAAAGUAUUUUUUUUUUUUAAUUCCAAAUUUUGAAGAAACAUUUCUAAUUGGCCUUAGGAAUGUGUCCACCAAAGAACAGGAAAAAAAAUUUUUUUUUAUAAAAUCAAUUUUGUAAAAUCAAUUUUUUUUUUUGCAACUUUUUAAACAAAAUUUUAUUUCUCCCAAAUGAAUGAAC